AGUACACGUGUUCCUCCAUCUAUCCAUCUAUCCAAGUCGCCGGAAACUAGCUAGCUAAUGGCGGCUGGAGGUGACGACUAUGGCGAUGACCUGGGCCGGCGGUUCGCCAACCGGUACACGGACUCGAGGGCGAACAACCGCUCGCCGCCGACCCGUGAGGAGUACUACAGAUAUCUCGAUGACAGCCAGACGCAUGUGUGCACCCGGCUUGCUGCUCAGCACUACAACAGAGUUCAUGGUGUUGUCCUCAAGGAGUUGGAUCCGGUAGACAGCCAUGCUUUCUCCUGCCGCUGGGUGAAUGGCCGUGACCACCGUCUCUGCUUCCACCUCAACUUCACGGCCGAUGCAGGGUGCCACGUUCUUCGCGGAGAUCGUCGGCGAUGGCCCCCCACAACGGGUGUUGAACUGUGUCAUGCUAGAUGGACCAUCCACUUGGUCCACCAAUAUUUGCUGGUAUUGCUCCGGAAUUCGGCACCCCAAGGCCAGCGGCAGCUUUGACUUCGGCCGCAAGUGAAGAACCACCUCGCUCACCGCUUUCUCUUCGACUGCACCCUCCAUAAACACUCCAGAAUAAAUUAGUUAUGAGCUUGCUGGCUUAAUUAAUAGAAUAAAAAUAAAUUUAGAGUGGAAAUAGAGGCUUGCUGCCAUGAUAGAGUACAACAAAAACUUAGGCCAGCCUUGCCUGCCUGGCUUAUAAUAAAAUAAAAUAAAAGUGUAUGCAAAGUUACCACUCUUAUAACUCUUUCGGUGUGUGCGCGUGUGUGUGUUUGCACACGUGCGCAAAGCGUACAUGUGUCAAU